AUGCCACUCCAGCCAUGCACCUUCCUCGUUCGACGAUCCAUCAUCGCCAGCAGCUUUCUCGGGCGGCGCACAUAUACAGCGGCUAGCGAACAGUAUGCGCGUGAAAGCGGCGUCCCACGGCGCAUCCACGUCUAUGGUGUCGGCAAUGUGGGCAAGCUGAUCGCCCAUUCAUUGCGCGCCGACAGCAACCCACCACCCAUCACUCUGCUCUUCCACCGCCCACGCCUGCUAGAUCAGUGGAAUCAGAGCGACCAGUCUAUUGUUCUUGAAUCCGAUGGCCACCGCGUUCCUCGUUCAGGCUUCGACGUCGACCUCGCCAUUCCACCGAGACGCAGUCAUGGCAGUCGCCUCGAUCCACAUGACCACGAGCCACUCGACUCGACCGACCAAGAGCCCAUUGACAACCUGAUCGUCACAGCAAAGGCUCCCGCCACUCUCAGCGCUCUCGACGCCGUCAAGCACCGCCUGCGACCAGAAUCGACUGUAUGUUUGCUGCAGAACGGCAUGGGCAUCAUAGACCAACUCAAUGAACAAAUCUUCCCGGACCCCGUCACUCGCCCCAACUUCAUACAGGGCGUCGUUACCCACGGUCUAAACUCUCCUGACCGCGACAAUCCUUUCUUCGCCAUUCAUGCUGCUCAUGGUACCAUCGCUCUGGCUGCCCUGCCGAGGACUGACAUCAAGGACGAUCCCUUGGCUUCUGUUCCCUUUGCACCUACAGCCCGCUACUUACUGCGCACCCUAACUGGUAGCCCUGUCCUCGCUGCCGUAGGCUUUCCUCCUCUUGAGUUUAUGCAACAGCAACUCGAGAAACUGGCCAUCAAUGCUGUCAUUAAUCCUUUGACCGUCAUGCUGGACGCUCCUAAUGGCUCCAUCUUAUACAACUUUGCAAUAACUCGCACCAUGCGUUUAUUACUAGCCGAGAUUUCUUUGGUCAUCCGCUCACUGCCCGAAUCACGAGGCUUGCCCAACGUCCAGGAUCGCUUCUCGCCGGAGCGUUUGGAGACUUUGAUUGUCAGCAUAGCAGACAAGACGGGUCAAAAUAUCAGCAGUAUGCUUGCCGAUGUGCGCGCCGGCAGGAAGACCGAGGUCCGCUACAUCAAUGGCUACAUCGUCAAGAGAGGUGAAGAGAUGGGCAUGCAAUGCGUCUGCAAUUACAUGAUGAUGCAAUUGGUCGAGGGCAAGGUCAACAUGAUCCAACGCGAGAAUCUUGAUCAGGUGCCUGUCGUACACGAAGAUCUCAAUGCACGACAUUCUUAA